AUGUACUUCUCUGAUAAUGAAUAUUAUUCCUUUGUCGAGUCAAUAAAAGAUCUUCAUAAUUUUACUAUCUUACAACAGUAAUCCCUGACAGAUAAUACAAAAGUUUUGAUGUCUUUAAACAAUUCUUAUCAAAAUAAUGCUCAAUCCAUUCUUAAAUUACUUCUUUAAGGAAUUGGUUAAAAAUAAUAAGAAAGAAGUGAAAAAAUUUUAGAGAUUGACUUAAGAGAUUGUCCUGAGAUAGUAAUAUAUAUUAUUUAUUGAUAUAGUUAGAAACACACUUUUAGAAUAGUUUAAAUCAAAUUUAAAACAAAAAUAAAGAGAUAAUUGACAAAUUAUUAAUUUGUUAAUAAAAAAUAGAAUUUAGAUCAAAAAGAUAGAAAUGUUUGUAAAAAAAUGCUUCAUGGGAAUUGGCUUUAAAAGAUGAAGUAGAAAUGAUGAGGAAAAAAACUUAAUAACUUAAUGAAACUUUAUAAUAGGUAAUAAAUACAAAUUUAUUAAACUUGUAAAUAGCAUUCUAUAAAAAUAUAACAUGA